CAUCUGACCUUCUCCUGCAGUUUUUCCUCUAUUAUCUUUCAGCUCACCCACACCUCACCUCGCCUUCACCGCCGAGGUUUUGUUACCCCCCGCCCCGCGCUGCUCUGCAGUAUUCUGUCUUCGCGCGUUCAUUCUCCGCUUGCCUCAGUUUCCCUUGAGAAGCAGGCACGGGAGUCUCUGCAGAAUGGCAACUGCUCAGAAGCAAAGGAAUUCUGUGAGUGCAGUUAUAUUUCCCAAGAAAAUAGCCACGGAGCAGCAGUCCCUGAUGCUGGUGAAGAGGCUCCUGGCAGUGGCAGUGUCCUGCAUCACGUACCUGAGGGGAAUCUUUCCUGAAAGUGCCUAUGGAACCAGAUACAUGGAUGACGUCUGUGUCAAAAUUCUGCGGGAAGACAAAAACUGUCCUGGCUCUACCCAGCUGGUGAAAUGGAUGUUAGGAUGCUAUGAUGCCUUGCAGAAGAAAUACCUGAGACAGAUUGUCCUAGCAGUCUAUACCCAGCCAGAAGAUCCUGAGACAGUCACAGAGUGUUACCACUUCAAGUUCAAGUACACCCACAAUGGGCCGCUCCUGGAUUUUGGCAGCAAGGACAAGAAGCCAGACUGCAGCAUCAGCUGUGCAGACACCAAGAAGGCCAGCAUCCUCCUCAUCCGCAAGAUCUACGUCCUGAUGCAGAACCUCAGCCCGCUGCCCAACGACGUCUGCCUCACCAUGAAACUCCUCUACUACGAUGAGGUUACACCCCCUGAUUACCAACCCCCAGGGUUCAAGGAGGCCAAGGACGAGGGGCUGGUGUUCAAUGAGGAGCCCAUGUACCUGAACGUGGGGGAAGUGCCCACGCCUUUCCACAUGCUCAAACUGAAAAUCACCACUGAGAAACACCGCAUGGAGAACGUGGACAGGAACAUCCUAAAGCAGGGAGAGCCUGCUGAGCUCCUCCAGGUGUGUGGAGUGAGCAGGGAUGAGCCACAAGAAGAGAGCCAGGACAUGAAUGCAGAUCCUGUCUUGGGUAAUGAAGUGGAAGAUAAGAACCGUGCCAAUAUUUCAGAAGCUCAAGCAAAUAAUUCAACUGGUGAAGAGGAGGCUGGAGGGAUGCAGACUCCCCCCCAUGUUUCUAAUCCUCAGGUUGAUCAUUUGACCCGUAAAACGUCUGAGCUGAUUGUGUCAGAGAGCAGGACAAGAAGUGGAAAGAUAUUCCAGAGCUGCAUUGUGCACCAGGCUGAGCUCUGCUCCAGCCAGGACGUGCUGCCCAAACGGAGGAAGCUGAGCGAGCCCAAGGAGCAGUUUUAGCCUUCUCCACUCCCACCCCGCUGUUCCGUGUGGCUGUUGGGUUUGAAGGAUCCGUUCUGCUCCAUUGGCAGGCCCGUGGGAGGGGGUUUGAGGAAGGAAAAUGUCAGGAAGCCCAGCUGAAGAAUUCCAAACUCAUUUUGUGCAGGACCUUUGGGGAUUUGUGGGUUGGCCCCAGGUCCUGAUGGUGGUGGAGGAAAUUCAUCCCCCAGCACAAGGUUUCAGCAGUGCCUUUGGGCUGUGGUUCCGAGCUGAGGAACUCACCCAGAACCUGCCUUGCCCCAAAACCUCUCCAGUUUUGGGGUGCUUACAGAUCUUUCCAGGGGGCUGGGCUGUCAGUUUUAGGCUGUUAAGAGUUUUGGAGUUACAGUUUUUGUUUUUCCUACCGGGACAGUUUGACAAGUUGGAUGCUUUGUGUUUCUUCCUGACCAGAUGCACACACUCAGGUGAAACCCAGCCCUCUCCAUCCCUCACAUUCCAGGCUCCCUGCCGGAACGCAGGAAUUUCCAGGAGGAGCCCCGGCGGUUCUGUUCCGAGCUGUGAGAGCACUGGGAGGACCUGGGUGUCCUUAGAGCGGUUUAGGGCAGGGGCUGGACACGGUGCCAGGUCCUCCUCGGCCACCAAAGCGUUAAUUAAUUGUCCGGCUGCCGUCAGGAGCGGAGUGACACCGCUCCCGCCGCGGGCGGGGACAGCCGAGCCUCUCCCGACGGUUCUGGCUCCGCAAUUAACAAUGUUCAUCAGCAGUCCUCAUUAAACGGCGUUCGCCUUCG